AUUCGGGUUUACUUUCUGGUGCAAAAACUUUCGCCAUGAAAAUCUAUCGCAUAAUCAUCAUCUCAGCCAUAGCAGCUUGUCCCUUUGCCAUCGGCUACGAGUAUCCGCCACAUGAUUGCCAAUCUUACGGUGAUGAUUAUGGAAAUUGUAAAGGAGAGAAGCCUUCUGCCACGCCCAGUCAUUAUGAUGAAUAUGGAUAUAAAAUGAGGAAACGAGGUGCUAAAGAGCACAGUUAUUGCGAUACCUAUGGUUGCGACGGCCCAAUGGAGCCAAAACCCCCUAAGCCAACAGAUUGUUAUGGCGACUGCGAGGAUGGGUAUGAUUACUCCCCUCCACCUCCCAAGAAGUAUGGUGACUGUGAUGACUAUGACGGGUAUUGUGAUGGCCCCUCGAAAACCUCAAUGAAGCCAGAACCCCCUAAGCCAACAGAUUGUUAUGGUGACUGCGAGGAUGGGUAUGAUUACUCCCCUCCACCACCUCCCAAGAAGUAUGGUGACUGUGAUUAUGAUGAUGGGUAUUGUGAUGGCCCCUCGAAAACCUCAAUGAAGCCAGAACCCCCUAAGCCAACAGAUUGUUAUGGUGACUGCAAGGAUGGGUAUGAUUACUCCCCUCCACCACCUCCCAAGAAGUAUGGUGACUGUGAUUAUGAUGAUGGGUAUUGUGAUGGCCCCUCGAAAACCUCAAUGAAGCCAGAACCCCCUAAGCCAACAGAUUGUUAUGGUGACUGCAAGGAUGGGUAUGAUUACUCCCCUCCACCACCUCCCAAGAAGUAUGGUGACUGUGAUUAUGAUGAUGGGUAUUGUGAUGGUUCCCCUCCACCUAAGGAAACAAAGAAUUAUGGCUACCAUUAUGCCAGAGCCCAUGACAAGGCAGCUUCCUCUGGCAGCACAGACCGGCCAGCUUCUACACCAGUUCAUACGCCAACUCAGUUUGAGGGAGCUGCAGGAAUCUUGCAGCCGCGGGGUAUCUCUUUCGUCGCCCUUGCUAUCGCAGCUGCAUUCUAUGUUUGAUUUCAGAGAAUUUCUUUUCCCCUUUUUGUUGUUUGGCAGUAGAUGUCUUCAGCUUUAGAGCGGGAACAAGUUGGGUAGAUGGAUUUGAUUUUGAAAAUCCAAGUCUCUCCUUACAAACAGCCAGCAAUCCUACUUUCCUUUCUUCGAAUACAGCCGCGCAAAAUAUUAGUCACGGGCUCAUUGUCUCCUCAAAAUGUUCAUUUUCAAUAAUGUAGAGCCAAUGAUAGCAC